GUUCCGCGCCGCCCCAUUGGCUCGGCGGGUGCGCGCGGCGGCGCGGGGCCUGCCGGGCGCAUGGCGGGAGCUGAGCCGCCGGCCGCCGCCUUCGAGCGGCGGGUGCUGCGGGCCGCGGCCGAGCACCACUACCUGCGCGUCCGCCUGGAGCUGCCGGACGGCGGGGCCCGGCCCAGUGUCGCGCAGUUCAAGCAGCUGGUGGUGUCGGCGCUGAGGGAGCUGCACGGAGAGGUUGGAGCAGCUUUGCCUGUUGAUGUCUUAACAUAUGAGGAAAAAACUCUGUCAGCUAUAUUAAGAGUUAUUAGCAGUGGCCUUGUCAAGCUGUGGAGUGCUCUAACACUGAUGGGCUUCUACCAGAACAGGAGGUGUGCCUUUCGAGUGCUGCAGGCAUCUCCAUUCCUUCUUGCAUUAUCUGGCAACAGUAGAGAUCUAGUCUUGGACUGAAUGAAGUUGUUGGUUUGGUUGUAUGAAGCAGAAGUUGUUUGAGAUGUUGCAGCCCUUCAGGCAUGGAAUUUCUGGAGGCG